AUGCAUUCAAGAAAACCCUUUUUAGGGUUAACAUUUUGUUGUACGGGAGUUGAGGCGACGACGAGAAAUGAAACAAUGAAGAUAAUUGAAUCCAUGGGUGGAGUACAGUACCUAGAUCUCAUGACUGAUGUGCAGUAUUUAAUAGUGGGGAAUAGGAAAACUCAGAAAUACCAAUUUUGUAUCAAGAAUCGACUAGAUAUAAAAUAUCUCACGACAGAAGCUGUAUUCAAAGUCCACGAGCAAUGGCUAACAGGUGAUGACGACGUGGACAAGCUACUAGAUGAAUACAAGCUACCUGUAUUUAGCGAAAUGAGCGUUUGCUUUUCCAGAGUUGAGCUAACCCAAUCGCAAGUCAAACACCUUCUAAGUUCCAGUUUUAGGCGUGCUGAGGAGAAACAAUUCACUGAAAAGCAGCUUUUGAAACAAUUUACUCAAAAUGGAGGUGUAGCGAAGGAGUCAUUACUGAAUAAUCAAAACUGCAUGAUCAGCGCUGAUCCCAGAGGUACGAGAUAUAACAAAGCAAAGGAAUGGGGUAUUCCAGUAAUACAUCCAGUUUGGAUUAUAGAUAGCAUACUACGAGGAGCGGCUUUGGACUUUGAUGACUAUUUAUUGACGAGCGAUCCGCUGGAGAUAUACGAGAACGGAUGCAACGUUUGGUUGGAGUUGUUUAACAAAGAGAAGAGACCAACGACUAGACAAUUGCCAAGACAAGCUGUUGAAGAACCAAAAAAGCUCAAGCGUGGGAAAAGAACAGAGAUAUGGAAUUCCAUUAUGGACCACACAAGUUAUGAAAAAAAAGGACCUAUGGCGGUAGAUAAAACGUGGGACGAAGAAAGUGACUCUGAGAAUUACGAGGAGAUUGAAUAUGUAAAGCCUGUUGUAGGAAUGGCGAGAAGUAGCUUGUUCCUCGGAUUCAAAUUUUUGCUAGUUGGAUUCACGGUAAGAGAAUCUGAUUUGUUGAGUGGCGGUAUUGAAGCAUUUCAAGGGGAGAUCACUACAGAUGUUGACGACACCUCCAUGUCUCAUAUAAUUAUCCCCGCAAACAGAGGAAGCGAAGCGUCCUAUUUGUUGCGAGCCUUACCCAGUGGCAUCAAACUGAUGGUUACGAGUGGAGAUAUUAAAGUCGUGACUGAGUUUUUCAUUGAACGAUGCAUGUUUUACAAGAAAGUGGUGUUGGACCGAUGGGGACAACCAAUAAAAGGGUUGAUGAACUCGUCGAGAAAGUUUAAAGUGUCAACCACAGGCUUCACCGGUAUUGAAUUGUUACAUAUAGAAAAGCUAAUCAAGUUUCUCAACCUUGAAUACUGCGAAUCAUUUUCGGAGCUGCGUGAUUUGUUAAUUCUCAAUGUCAACCUAUUUAAAGAGAGCUUUAUGAAAAAUUCACCAAAGUUGUUUCAAUACCCAUACAAGGAUAUACUCAAUUGUCCAACGUAUCAAUCGGGUCAAUCUUCAGUAUCCUUGCUAUCGGCAAAGAACAAGAUUGAUGCUGCCAAGAAAUGGAGUAUCCCUGUGGUAUCUAUUGCCUUCUUGUGGGAGAUAUUUGAAAAAUCACAAUACAAAUCUGCACUAAUAAUUCCCGAAUUGAACGAUCCACAAUGGUGUAUUCAUGCACCAAUCAAUUACAUCCGGCCAAAAUCAUUGAUUGAGUAUAUCAAGAGUAUGGGUGAUUCGGGGCCAAUCAAAGACAGUGGCGAAAUCAGCAAAAACACCAUCAUUGAUGAUGAUCAUGAUGAUGGUGGUGGUGUCAGAUUGCCCUCCCCGAGAAAGUCUAGGCCAAAACAGAAAUAUGGCAAAUUAAUGGGAAGCGUGUCGCCACUGUCAAUGAGAAGUAAGCUUACGGAUGCAUCCAUGACAUCAAGAUCAACCAUUAUUAUGGACGAUGAAGAUGACGAUGAAAGAGAAGGUACUGAUGCGGUAGGGGCUGGGUUAAAUUGUGAUGUCACAAACGAUGAAGACUUGUCUUCGCAAGUUAGGUACGAGGACGCCGAGUCAAUGAUGAAUCAAGAACGUCUUUUGAAGAAAUUGGAAGAGGAGUCACCUCAAUAUAGACGGGAAACGGGAUUGACUGCAAAUGGUAGCUCAACAAAACGGCGUAAGACUAGAGGGCAGUAG